AAGCCGCCGCUCAGUGUUUGUGGCGACUCUAUGGUGCUGGCUGCGGGCAUUCCCUUCAUCCCGUCUCUAUGGUAACUGGGAGGCGCUCUGCCCUCCCCUGCCCGUGUUUGUGGUGACCUCGGCGGGACUGCGCCUGGAGCUGUCAGUGGAGCCUGUAGGCGAGAUGUGAGGAGCUGAAGCCGCAGCAGCCGGGGGGUGGCCUGGGACUCCGGUAGGUGGAGCGGCCGGUAACGGGAAUAGGACCCCCACUCAGCUCCCCAAAAUGGACUCACCGUUGCCACCGGCGACCGUUGGGUGCUGAAGAGGUCGGACCCCCCCAUUGGUUACCCAUGAUCCAGUGAAGCCGGAGCCGCCAUCAUGGAAGAGGGACUGCCCAAACUGGUGGAUUACUUUGUAGUGGCCGGCCUGACCCCGGCGUCUCGGCCCUUGGAGGAAGAGAACCGCCAGCGCUCUAUUCGCACCACAGAGCUGGUCACUGACGUGGCGGUCAUUGUCAAGGCGCAGGGGGAGGAGGUUCCGCAGGGGUUUACCUGUAUAGAGACCACCCCCGGGGGGCACUCGGCCGAUCUGAAUUCCGGCUUACUCACCAACCAGCAGAUGUACCUGUGCUACCGCAGGGGCAGAGACAAGCCCCCUAUCACCGAGUUAGGAGUGCACUAUGACGGCAAAGAACCUCUCCGCCCGGGCUUCCAGGUUAUCGACACCACUCCGUACAGUCACUCUGCCAACCUGAGCUCGGGGGGCCCCGGGAACCAGCGAGCCUUCCUGAUGUUCAAACGGGCCCCCGAAUCCAUGGGGCUGAAUAGUCUGGGGGUGAUGGAUAUCUGUAUCAUUAAUCCCAGCAAGGGGGAAAGCACCCCCAACACCUUUUGCCGAGUGGAUAGGAACCUCAAUACAAGUAUGUUCGGGCCGGCUCUGUUCCUCUGUUACAAGAAGGGCACGGCUAAGACCCACAGCCUUGUGUAUGAGGCAGGGGUGCUCAGCCGCUUCCCUAGUGCCGACAGUGAAACGUUUCCCUUGCCCGAGAUGGUGGCGACCUUCUGUCUGCCAAUGGGUGCCACCAUUGAGAGCUGGCCAAUCAACACUAAGUAUCACAUGCCCGUCUUCUCCACCUUUGUGCUGACUGGGGCUUCUGGGGAGAAGGUAUAUGGCGCAGCCAUCCAGUUCCAUGAGCAAUACCCCCGGGGGUGCCUGAGCGAGAAGCAGAACCAAUCCCUGGGGCUUCUGAGUGUGGUGGACAAGCGCCCCGUGACCAACAAAUCUGUCCAGACCAAGAAGAGCAUCUGUGUCCUCUCUCAUUGGCCCUUCUUCGACGUCUUCCAGAAGUUCCUCACUUUCAUUUAUCGAUACUCCAUCUCCGGCCCCCACGUCCUUCCCAUUGAGAAACAUAUCUCCAACUUCAUGUUCAAUGUCCCCUUCCCGUCCCCACAGCGGCCGCGCAUUUUGGUUCAGAUGUCCCCCUAUGAUAACGUCCUGCUGUGCCAGCCAGUAUCCUCUCCUUUGCCCCUCAGCGGAGCCAGUUACGUGACUCUCCUGCAGAACCUGGGCCCCGAGACCGCCGUGACCCUACUCCUCGCCGUGCUGACCGAACACAAACUGCUCAUCCACUCCCAGCGGCCCGAUGUGCUGACCAGCGUGGGCGAGGCUUUGGUGUCGAUCAUCUUCCCGCUGCGGUGGCAGUGCCCAUACAUCCCGCUGUGCCCCCUCACCCUCUCCGAUGUGCUUUGUGCCCCUGUUCCGUUCAUCGUGGGCAUCCACUCCAGCUACUUCGACCUGCACGACCCGCCCCAGGAUGUUCUGUGUGUGGAUCUGGACACCAACACCCUGUUCCAGAGUGAAGAGAAAAAGGUCCCAUCGGUGCGCUCGCUGCCCCGCAAACCCUGUAAGGUGCUACUGGGCACCCUGAGCGACCUGCACAAACAGCUGGACGAGAUGUACAACAAACCCAUGGAGGAGGCCACACUGGAGUUCCUGCUGAAAGACUACGAUCUGAUCUACGGACGCCGGACGCAGUUGGAGCUGGACGUACGCGCCGCCUUCCUGAGGUUCAUGGCAUGCUUAUUAAAGGGGUACCGCUCCUUCCUGCUGCCCAUCACCCAGGCCCCCUCUGAACGGACGCGCGACUCCAGCAACCUGUUUAACGUGGAGGGUUUCCGGAAGUCGCGGGACCGGGCGCACCAGAAGUUCUACUCGCAGAUGCUGAAGACACAGAUGUUCACACAGUUUAUAGAGGACUGCUCCUUUGUUAGCGACCGGCACGCCUGUCUCGAGUUCCUCGACAAUUGCAUAGAAAAGGUGCAGAUAGAUGGGGAGAAGAUGGAGGACUUACACCUGGUGGAGUUGGACGAGUCCCACCGCAGCGAGCACACUGUGUUCAUCAUGCCAGCCGAGGAACCUCAUGAACCUGGCAGUGGGGAGCUGCCCGCCCAGUACAUGUAUGAGAGCUUCCCAGUCCUCAAAUGGGAGCUGUUCGACCUACCCCAAGAUCUACUGAUGGCUCCACCCAACCAAUCCAAGAGCAGCGCCCCGAGCAGCCCCGCCCCACGCCGGACCAAGCAGGAAAUAAAAAUGGCUCAGCGCGUGGCCCAGAAGUACUCAGCCAUGCCCGACAUGUGGGCCAAGUGCCUGCUGGGCCACUGCUACGGCCUGUGGUUUAUUUACCUGCCCACGUUCGUGCGUGCCACCCCCAGCAAAGUGCGAGCUCUUCAGACCGCCUACGAUGCCCUGAAGCAGAUGGAGAAUAAGAAGGUGGUCCUGCCUGAUGAGGUGUGUUACCGGGUCCUGAUGCAGCUGUGCGGCCAGUACGGGGAGCCGGUCCUAGCGGUGCGGGUUAUGCUGGAAAUGAAAAAAGCUGGCAUUGUGCCCAACAUCAUCACCUACGGAUACUACAAUAAGGCCAUAUUGGAAAGCAAAUGGCCCUCGAGCAGUCAGAGCGGGCGCCUACGCUGGGCCAAGCUGCGCAAUGUGGUUCUGGGAGCCGCACAGUUCCGCCAGCCCCUCAAACGGAAAAGGAGACAGGCCGGACUCAGCCUUUCCCAGACUGAAAGCCAUUUGCCAAGGAACUGCGCCUCUGAGCUGCCCCCGCGGCUGAGCCUCCUGCGCCAAGCUACAUGGGCGGGGAGCUCACACAGGGAAUUCCAUGAGAGCUGCGCCGGGAAACUGGUAAAGAGCUGGAGCGUCAGUGGCGCCGGGAGUGAUGGCGACAUGGUGGAGAGCUCGUUGGCGCACAUGAUGGAAGAUGCGGAGGGUAUGAAGAUGGGCAGAAGAGGAGAGGGAAGCCCGUCGCUAAGGAGGCCGUGUGGGACCCCCCUGGCCCUGGGCCCCUCGGAGAACGGGAGCCUAUCCAACGUCAGUCUGCAGACCGAUGCCACCGGCAGCGACGUGGCUGUAACUUCAGAAGACUCGGAAGCCCUGAUGACGGAGAGUUCCACGGAGGCCUUGCCCUGCCGGCCGGCCAGAGACCUGGGAGACUCCUCCUCCACCGGUACCAACGGCAAACGGCACAGCUUGGCCGGCAAGAUACAGCAGCUUCUCUCCCCGGCCCGGAAGCCUGGAAGGGUCACGUUACUGCGCAAAAAGUCCUCCAUGUCUGAAAAACCGUCCCCUCUCAGCUUCCCCGGGGAUCAGAGCUGGAGGAGCUACAAGGAAAGCAUUGGGCGCCCAGAGUCCACGGCCUCCGAGGUGAGUAAGAGCUCCGUCUCUCUGGGAAGCGAAGUGGACUUGUCCGACACCUCCGUCUGCAGCUUCACCCUACACAAAUCCACCGACCGACUGACCGACGGGGGGCAGGAAGCGCCGGCGGCAGAGGUGAUGCUGUCCGGCUGCUCCCUGUGCCCGGUGUGCCACUCCCUGGUAUACGACGAGGACAUCAUGGCCGGCUGGACCUCCGAUGACUCCAACCUGAAAACCGUCUGCACCUUCUGCGGCAAAUACUUUGUGCCCCUCCUGAACGUCAGGGUCACCGACCUGCAGAGCCGGCACAGUGCUUCCAAGGACUCCUCUGCCUCCCCCCAGCCUUCCACAAAUGGAGACUCCCCAGUCCCUGGGGGGGCGGGGCCAGUGCUGAGCGACCGCUUCCAGUGUUUGGUGCUCGAUGACCAAGGGACUGUGCGCCCCCCGUGCAAUGGAUACACCGACACCCAAUUACAGCUGCCUGGGCCCAGUGCGAGCUCCGAGGUGGUUACGGUGGCCUACCUUUGCCCGCUGGUUCUGCGCAAGGAGCUGGAGAGCCUACUGGAGAAUGAAGGUGGAGAUGUCCUUUCCCAGCCAGAGCUGGUCAACAGCCACCCAAUCAUCUACUGGAACCUUGUGUGGUACUUCAAGCGUAUGGCACUGCCCAGUAACCUCCUUCAGCUGGUGUUGGCCUCCAAACACGUCCGGCAGCAGUCACAGGUGCUGGAGGUGCCGCAGGUGAGGGUGCGACUUCUGUGGGACGUGUUAAUGCAGGACCCGGAGCGGUGGCCUCCUCUCUACGUCCUCUGGAAACUCAACAGAAACCUCCCCACCCACCUCCAUUCCUGGAACCACGCCCACCCCUUUACCCUGGAAGUUCUGGAGAAGAUCUUGAAUUUCGUAGGCCUCAACGAGGUUCAUAAAGCAAUUUCCCUGAUCAUAGGAAUCUUACAGGAGCAGCCCUCCCCACCCCAGAGUAUGCAGAGGGGAAUAUACCGGGAACUGCUACUCCUAACACUGGCUGCCCUCGGGAAGGAUCACAUGGAUAUUGGUGCAUUUGAUAAUAAAUACAAGACGGCCUUCAAGAAGCUAAGCAGCUCAUUGGGGAAGGAAGAACUGAGAAGAAGAAGGGCCCAGUUCCCCACUCCCAAGGCGCUAGACUGUCGGAGAACCUUUGGGGCCACCCUGGAUUGCUGAGUGUGGCUCUUUGCGAGCAGAACCAGGUAGUGGGUUUGCAACAUGCACAGGAGAAAGUCUUCUGCUCCGCGUAGGAGGGGCCCAGAGAUGGGGCUGAGGAGCAUCACUGUGAUUGGCCCUCCUGUGUAAAUAGGUAACGCCCAUCUCCACGUGCACAUUCCCUCCAUGACCGCUCGUCAUCAAAUGCCAGUUAUGCCGUGCAGCAGGAGUCAUAGGAAGGAGAAGACUGGUGCAUGCUGGGAUAGAUGUAGGCCAAUGGGGCAGCAGCUCUAAUGGCCAAUAGCAGAAGACAUGGAGCCGUGGGCGUGUCUUCCAAAGGCCCCCGAGCCGCCACGUGACCAGUGUUCAUACUACUGCCAUCACUUGCCAAAGCCGAACCCAUUAGCCAACCGGGCGUCCCCGACGCGAUUGGGCUCGUCUGUGGGUCAUGUGAUCUUCUUGGCUGUCACAUUUGGUUUUAUAGGGGGGUUGUUUUUAUUUUAUUGUAAAUGGGACUGUCCCGGGGUCAGACUCACCGGCCCCAGUUUUAUGUUGUCAGUAUUAAGCAAACGUGUAAAUGUUCCUUUAUUUAUUUCAACUUCUGUAUUUGGUUUCUCCCCAGUCCCAGUAUUUUACCCCCCCCCCCGUAUUGUUUACCCCCCCAGAGUGUUACCCCGUUACUCUUUAGCCCCAGGGACGGACAGUCGGCCCCACACACAGGCACCUUCAUAGAUUUUGCUGCUCAAUCUUCCAUUAAAGGGAAUUGUAACCCUUAGCUUGCCGAACACAAAGAGGAGGUGCCACUGCAUAGGGGGCAGGGCAAGUGCCGCAGAACUGUCCCUCCCUGGCGCUCAGUGCAAUAUGAUUGGAGCUUCGCUUUCCGAAGCUUUUUAUUGUUUUGGAAUUUGCUGGAAAUAAAAGGAUUCAUAUGUUUCAAA